AUGGUGACCAUCUUGAUUCAAGAAUUAAAGUUUCUAGCUCAAGAUGGAUUGUUACAUUCAAUGAAGACUAUAUGUGUGCAGACCCGGCCCAAUAGGGGGCAGCCUAUUUUUCUGAAAUCGAUCCAUCCUCUGAUUUUUUUUGAAAUUAAACAUCGAUUGCCCCUUCUUCGAUCUGCACUCCAUACUUUCGAUCUCCGGCGUCGAAUACUGCAUCUUCUCCGAUCAAUUCUUGUUCCUAAUUUCAGAUAUUCAAUUCAACAAAUAAAGGAAAAUGAGAUUAAGGAAAAUGAGAUCCGGUUUGAUUUUGAAUCUACUGUUCAUAGUUAACCUUCGUCAGCCAUAUUCACCCUCCUAAGAACUUGCAUACUACAGACCAGACCAACAACAUUAAUAAAUAACGAUCAAGAGAAGUUGGGAAGAUGACAGAGAGGUAAAGAAUCUAGACAUGGCUAACUAUUCGACGCUGCUUUCGCAGCUUAGUGAAUCAGGUUCUUCAGCGGGAUUUUUCACUUCAAGACAUGUAACAAGGCGUUCAAGUAAUUCCAAGCCCUCGACAACCAUCGUGCCAACCACAGACAACCGAAAUCAUCUGAAGUGAAUAAAUGGCCGUCGCUGUCGAAGUCACAGAUAUGAGGAGGCACCAUGACGGUGCUGAUGAUAAAGGACAUCGAUUGUGGCAGUGUGGUGUUGGAUUUUUCCGAAGACGGUUCGAUCGAUUGCGGUACAGGGAUGCGAAGUAGAUACCGGUGGUCAUUGGUUGUCGAUGGAGAUUUUCGGCAAGAAAAGACGGAGGUGGAAUAGAUGAGGGUGUCUUCGACGGGCUUUGAGGUUAUGCUGUGUGGAUUCGGUGUUUAGAGUAAAGACGAAGACGGAGGGAUGAAGAUGGGUUAAUG